AUGCUGCCGGGCUCCGUGCAGAUCCUGGCGUUCGUGCUGGCGCUGCUGGGGCUCCUGGGCGCCCUGGUGGCCACGCUGCUCCCCAGCUGGACGGUGAGCGCCCCCCCGCGCCCCGGCCUGCCGCCGCCCCCCCCCUGGAGGAUGCAGGGUCUGUGGAUGGACUGCGUGUCCCCGCUGCCGGGGGUCUUCAGCUGCAGCGUGAAGCCGUCUCCUCUCACGCUGCCGGCCUCUCUGCAGAUCACCAGAGCCUCCAUGGUCCUCUGCUGCCUCGCCGCCGCCUUCGGACUCUGCCUCGCCGCCCUGGGGCUCAAAUGCACCAAAUGGGGGGGCGGCAGGCGAGCCAAAGGUCACACGGCGGUCGCUGGAGGGGGGUUUUUGGUGCUGGCUGCCUUCCUGUGUUUGGGCCCGGCGUCAUGGUUCACUUUCGAAGUCGUCGCCGCGUUUUUAAAGCGUCCGGAUGGCAGGAGGCUGCAGCCCGGGGGGGCGCUGGGACUGGCUUUCUGCGCCUCUGGCUUCCUGCUGGCCGGGGGGGUCAUUCUGUGCCUGUCCUGCCCCGGGUUAGAGUCCCGACGCCCGGAUCACGCCUCCAACGAGGACCAGGACUGGUUCUUGGUGCUGCAGCGGCGACCCCCCCCACCUCAGAAAGAGAGGAAGGAGGCAGAAGUCCCCCCUCCCAAAGAGCUGAGUGAGAAAUACAGCCGGCACGAGUACGUGUAG